UUUUAUGAAAUUUAAUCUUCCAAUAGUUAAAAAAAAUAACCCAGAAUUAAAUCAUAAUGAUGCGUUUAAAUUAGUAGCUUCAAUGUGGAAAGAUUCGAUAAACAAUCCAAAAAACGAUUUUUCUAAAUUUUUGUAA